AUGGUAAGUUCAUUCAGUGUUCCCAUGCCAGUAAAACGGAUAUUUGACACAUUUCCGUUACAAACAUAUGCUGCGCAGACUGACAAGGACGAGGCCGUUGCAUUAGAAAUACAGCGGAGGUCCUACACAUUCACAGAACGCGGUGGUGGAAGCUCUGAGUUGACUGUGGAGGGGACGUACAAGCUAGGUGUUUACAACGUUUUUUUGGAGGCAAAUACAGGGGCGGCAUUGGCCACAGAUCCAUGGUGUCUGUUUGUUCAGCUUGCGCUGUGUCAAAAGAAUGGUCUAGUCUUACCCACGCACUCGCAGGAACAAACCCCAUCGCAUACCUGUAACCAUGAAAUGCUCGUUCUGUCCCGUCUUUCUAACCCCGAUGAGGCCCUACCUAUUCUAGUUGAGGGUUACAAGAAGAGAAUUAUAAGAUCCACCGUGGCAAUCAGCGAAAUUAUGAGGUCUCGGAUACUUGAUGAUGCUGAGCAGUUGAUGUACUAUACGUUGCUGGAUACCGUGCUGUACGAUUGUUGGAUCACGCAAAUAAUUUUCUGUGCCUCAGAUGCGCAAUUCAUGGAAUUGUACUCUUGCCAGAAGUUAAGUGGUUCGAUAGUCACUCCAUUGGACGUAGAAAACUCUUUAUUACAGAAGUUGUCCGCAAAGAGUUUGAAGAUAUCCCUAACAAAGCGGAACAAGUUCCAGUUCCGCCAUCGAGAAAUCGUCAAGAGUAUGCAAGGAGUUUAUCACAACCAUCACAACUCCGUUAAUCAAGAGCAGGUCUUGAACGUUUUGUUCGAGAAUAGCAAGCAAGUUCUUUUAGGUUUAAAAGAUAUGUUGAAAAGCGACGGGCAACCCACUUACUUACAUCUGAAAAUUGCAAGUUACAUUCUUUGUAUAACGAACGUUAAGGAACCCAUAAAGCUAAAGACAUUUGUUGAAAACGAAUGUAAAGAAUUGGUCCAGUUUGCACAAGACACCCUGAAGAACUUCGUUCAGUAA